CUGUCCAAAAAUUUAAAAUUCUAUCCGUUGGAGGACAACGGUAACCCAGAUAAUCGAUUGUCAACAAGUGAUAAUCGAUUAUUGGUCCUCUCAGAAGAUUCUGGAUUUUGGCUGCAAAGACUGAUAAUCGAUUAUUGCAAAUCUGAUAAUCGAUUAUUGCGUGCUUCAGAACUUUGGAAGUUCAAAGCUGCAGUGGCUGAUAGUCGAUUGUCACUAGGGUGAUAAUCGAUUAUCACCCAGCUAAAGUCUAGCCAGCUGAAACCCGUUUUGAAAAACCGAGGUCCAAAAACGAAGUGUUUCCAAAAGUAAAAACCAGAGUAUCUAAGAAAUGCAACGCCUAAUUGGUAAGUUGGCAGCUCCCAGACCAGUCGCUUCCUCUUUAAGGUGAGCUUUGCAUUGUCCAUUGGUGAGCUUUGCAGUGGCUAGACCGAAGCAUGUCAUCUCACCGUGAACAUCAAGUGCCUACGCCAAUGGACAAGCUCACAACCGAUGACAAGAAAAAACUCUCUUUGAAUGCCAAANAAAGCUACCAAGAUAGCUUUAGGAACAUCCGAGUAUGAAAACUUCAAAAUGAAGGCCGGAGAAUCCGUUCAAGAUAUGAACAAACGAUUCAACCUCAUUGUCAACAAUUUGAGUAAGCUAAAUAAAGUUUAUCCUACUAGUGAGAUUAACACCAAGAUUAUAUUCUCUCUUCCUAGAGAGUGGCAUAGUCUUGUUGUAAAUUUGUUGCCCAAAUGUGCGGAUGUUGAAACCUCCACCAUUUGGAGCAGCCUAUACUCUCAUGAGCUUCUUUUGAAGAAAAUGAAGGAAGAAGAACAGGUUCCUAUCAUCAAGAAGACCAUGGCACUCAAAAUUGAUGACCAUCCAGAGAGCAAAGGAGGAAGUGAUGAGGAGCUUGUCAUGUUCAAAAGAUACAAAAAAUUUAUGAAGUGGAACAAGGGAGAAUCCUCAAAGAGAUUUCCACCAAAGAAAGGUAAAUCUAAUCAAAUAACUUGUUAUGAAUGUGGAAAUGUAGGUCAUAUCAAACCGGAGUGCCCAAAGCUCAAAAAGAAGGAAGAGCUUAAAAAGGGGAAGAAGAAGGCAUUGAAAGUCGCUUGGGAUGAUUUAAACUCGGAUGAAAGUGAUAGUGAUUAAAGCCUAGAAGAAAACACGAAUGCUUGCUUCAUGGCUUCAAACGAUGAGGAAGAUGUGAAAAAUAUCACUUGGGUUGUGGAUAGUGGAUGUUCGAGGUAUAUGACCGGAACAAGAGGAUGGUUCACAAAUCUCAAAGAGAAAAGUCAUGG